UAUAUUAUAAAAUUGAUGACAACGUCAAAGAGAUCCAGGAAAAACAAAAGAAGCCUCUGUGUCAAGUAAUAUUCAUUGAUGACAAUGAUAAAACAUUGAGUAAAGAAGAACAGAAAGCAUACCUCAUUCAGUAUCAGAGGACUCAUUCAGGGGAGAAACUUCAAUAUGAAGAAUGUGGGAAAUCCUUUUGUACAAGUUCACACUCUAUUCAGCAUUCUGGAGCUUAUGUGGGAUUCAGACUUUAUGAAUGUAAUGAAUGUGGGAAAACUUUCUGUCAGAAGUCAAACCUUAGUGAACAUGUGAGAAUUCACACAAAGGAGAAAACUUAUGGUAACAAUGACUGUGGAAAAAUCUUACAGGUCAUCCCUUGUAGGACAUCAGAGACUAUAAAAAAGAUGAAUCUCUGUGAAGGCAGUGAAUGUGGGAAAACAUUCUUCAAGAUGGCAUGUCUCAAAGAACAUUGGAGAAUUCCCACUGAGGAGAAACCUUAUGAAUGUAUUGAAUGUGGGAAAACUUUUACCUGUCCUUCAGCCCUAAAAGCACAUCAGAGAAUUCACACAGGUAAGAAACCGUAUGAGUGUACUGACUGUGAGAAAAUUUUUGCCCAUAUUUCAGCCCUCAGAGCACAUCAGAGAAUUCACACAGGUGAGAAACCCUAUGACUGUAAUAAAUGUGGGCGAUCUUUUACCUACAAUUCAGCUCUAAGAGCACAUCAGAGAAUUCACACAGGUAGGAAGCCCUAUGAAUGUAGUGAUUGUGAGAAAACUUUUACCCAUAAUUCAGCCCUCAGAGUACAUCAGAGGAUUCACACAGGGGAGAAACUUUAUGAGUGUAAUGAAUGUCAGAAAACUUUUGCCCAUAAUUCAGUGCUUAGAGCACAUCAGAAAAUUCACACAGGGGAGAAACUCUAUGAAUGUAAUGAAUGUGGGAAAACUUUUUCUCAAAAGACACACCUCAGUAAAUAUAGAAUUCACACAGGUGAAAAACCCUAUGAAUGUAGUGAAUGUGGGAAAACUUUCUCUCAGAAAUCAUAUCUCAGUGCACAUGAAAGAAUUCAUACAGGGGAAAUACCCUAUGAGUGUAACAUAUGCAGGAAAACUUCUGUCUAUAAGGCUGCCCUGAUAGUGCAUCAAAUAAUUCACACAGGGGAGAAACCCUAUGAAUGUAAUGAAUGUGGGGAGACUUUCUCCCAAAGAACACACCUCUGUACACAUCAGAGAAUUCAUACAGGGGAAAAACCCUAUGAGUGUAAUUAAUGUGAGAAAACGUUCUCUGAGAAAUCAUAUGUUAGUGCACAUCAGAGAGUUCACACAGGGGAGAAACUCUAUAAAUGUAAUAUAUGUGGGAAACCAUUUGCCCUUAACUCAUCCCUUAGAGUGCGUCAGAGAAUUCACACAGGACAGAAACCCUAUGAAUGUAAUGAAUGUGGGGAAACUUUCUCCCAGAAGUCAUACCUUGGUGCACACCUGAGGACUCACACAGGGGAGAAACCCUAUGAAUGUAAUGAAUGUGGGAAAACUUUCUCUGAGGAGUCAUAUGUUAGUGCACAUCAGAGAGUUCACACAGGGCAGAAACCCUAUGAAUGUAAUGAAUGUGGGAAAACUUUCUCUGAGAAGUCAUAUGUUAGUGCACAUCAGAGAGUUCACACAGGGCAGAAACCCUAUGAAUGUAAUGAAUGUGGGAAAACUUUCUCUGUGAAGUCAUAUGUUAGUGCACAUCACAGAGUUCACACAGGGGAGAAACCAUAUGAAUGUUAUGUAUGUGGGAAACCAUUUGCCCUUAACUCAUCCCUUAGAGUGCAUCAGAGAAUUCACACAGGGCAGAAACCCUAUGAAUGUAAUGACUGUGGGAAAACUUUCUCCCAGGUCUCACACCUUAGUGCACACCAGAGGACUCACACAGGGGAGAAACCCUAUGAAUGUAAUGAAUGUGGGAAAGGUUUUGCCCACCUCAUAACUCUCAGAGUACACCACAGAAUUCACACAGGGGAGAAACCCUAUGAAUGUGGUGAAUGUGGGAAAUUUUUUGUUCAUAGGGCAGCUCUUAGAGUACAUCACAUCAGAAUGCAUACCAGAGAGAAAACCCUAACAUCAUGA